CACAGAUUUCGCAAACGUUUCGACGCCUGCGAUCACCGCUAUCAAGGACUUCUUUUACACUACGGUUCGAGACUGGUUCGCCAAGGUGACGGGCUUUGAAUUGGAUAGCUACGUCGCACUGUCCGCUUCGAGCUAUGGAUACACCGAUCGACUUUUAUGUCAUGAUGACGAACUUGAGGAGAGGCUGAUCGCUUUCGUGCUUUAUCUGACGCCUGAUUGGACCGAACGGGACGGAGGUUCGCUGGACAUUUUCCACACUGAUGGUAGUGUUUUCUUUAUUUGUGAACAACACCUGAUUCUGAAUAGUAUAUGCUUUCAAAAGGAAUUAAAAGACAAAAUUAUUGCAUCGCAAAACAGCAUACUAGGAUAUGAUACAGUCUACGAAGUAACGCAGUAA